AUGCGCUCUGGGGGCGGUUUGCACCUGGGCAGUGAGAAGACGAAGGAGGCCCUGCUGGAGCUGAAGGCCGAGCUGGAGAACAACCCCAAAGUGGUGGCACACUACCCAGUGGAGGUGCGCUUUGCUCGGGGGGACGACAUCUUGCUGAGUCCCUGUUUCCAGAGAGACAGCUGCUACAUGAACAUCAUCAUGUACAGGCCCUACGGGAAGGACGUGCCCCGGCUGGACUAUUGGCUGGCCUAUGAGAGCGUCAUGAAGAAGGCUGGGGGGCGACCGCACUGGGCAAAGGCUCACACUUGUACCCGGAAGGACUUUGAGAAGAUGUAUCCCGGCUUCCGGAAGUUCUGCACCAUGCGGGAGGAGCUGGAUUGCACCGGCAUGUUCCUGAACGCGUACCUGGAGAAGGUGUUUUAUUGAGGGAGGACGGGACGCAGGAGAAGAGAAAUGAAGCUUGCCAGCCCAUCUCCCGUGCUCUGUCCUUUAGAGAUGGACAAUGCUCCUUGUGAGACUUGCUCCUUCCAUGAUGUCCCCCAGAUUAGAACCCAACCAUUAUCUCUCUCAGCUUCCAGCACGUCCCGUCUCCAUCUCUGAGGUUGGAAGCUCUUGAGUCAGGGACUGUCCUCAUUUAGUGUCCUGUACAGCUCCGAACGCAUUGUUAGAGAGAACACAUCAAUAAAGAACCAACAGUGAAUGGAAA